UCACCCCCCCUUAAAAGACUUAGAUGCACUAUUGUAAAGUGGCUGUUCCACUGGAUGUCAUAAGGUGAAAGCACCAAUUUGUAAGUCGCUCUGGAUAAGAGCGUCUGCUAAAUGACUUAAAUGUCAAAUGUAAAUGUCGUAAAAUGAGUCCUAUAUCAACAUAACCUGAAAGGCCACUCAGCAAGGAAGAAGCCACUGAAGAAGGGCCUUGGCUAGGGAUGUAUCCUUGUUUUGAAUCCCAGCCACCAUAGGAGGCCUUUUGCCUUUUGGUUGGCCGCCGUUGUAAAUAAGAAUUUGUUCUUAACUGACUUGCCAAGUUAAAUAAAGGUUCAAUAAUAAAUAAAUAAAAUAAAAAUAAAGUACAGAGAGAUAAUUGAUGAAAACCUGCUCCAGAGCACUCAGGACCUCAGACUGGGGCAAAGGUUCACUUUCCAACAGAACAACAACCCUAAGCACACAGACAAGACAACGCAGAAGUGGCUUCGGGACAAGUCUCUGAAUGUCCUUGUGUGGCCCAGCCAGAGCCUGGACUUGAACCCGAUCGAACAUCUCUGGAGAGACCUGAAAAUAGCUGUGCAGCGACGCUCCCCAUCCAACCUGACAGAGGUUGAGAGGAUCUGCAGAGGAGAAUGGGAAAAAAUACAGGUGUGCCAAGCUUGUUCCUGUUAACCCUUUCACACGUACUAUCACACGGGUGUGAUCGUUCUACAGUGGUCCCUGAAGCUUACGAUCACACCCGUGUGUUUAGAACACUCUUUUAGAAUGCUCGUUUAGAACGGCAGUUUCGAAUGACGCAACAAUCAGCGUUUGAGCUGGCCACACUUUUGUCAGAAACUAUUUACACAAACACAGUCCUUACAAAGUUAUGUCCAGAAUGUCAGCAGUUUAUUUUUGGAUGCAUUGUUCAGAUAUUCACAGAAGUAAAUAUAGCAUAACACAAUCAUCCUAACCGGAAAAAAUGUAGGCUACAUUUGUCCUAGCGCUGAGGAAAGAUUGACCCAACACAAGCAGUCAUAUUUUCUAACUCUCGGCUGACGUAAACUACAAUAUGAAUUAGCUAAUAGCAAUUACUAUAUAUAAUUAAUCACAUCACGGGUGAGCUCACCAUUGAUCGAAAUAACUAGGUAAAACACUUUAUAGAAAUCGAAAGUAAUCCGACGAUUAGUUUCAGCGCCCAGCCAUGCAUUUUUUCCUCAGGAAACCGAAGAUAAUAAGAGAAGACGAGAUGAGUUUGGUCUGUUUGUAGUAUGCAUGUUGAAGGGGUGUGUCAUCUACCGUCGUUCACAUCCCACCAUUAACUUCCGGAAGUCCUCAAAUAAUUAGUGAACUCUUACUCACCUCAUUUUGUUGUAACAUCUUUGGUCAAACAGACGUGAAUCCCAGAAUGCAUUGUAUGUCAACAAACAUGGCUACACAGCUGGAAUUAGCUUAGCUCAUCAUAAUCAGUACAACCUUCAAAAAAGUAUUUUACACACAUAAUAUGUGCCCAUUACAAUCUGUGCAAGAAUCGGAAUGCAUGAGUUGUCACCUAGAAUUGAAAACAUGUGAAUAAAAUCGUAAAUACACAAAUAAUUACCACACAAAACAUUUUCUGAUAGUGAUUUAUUGAUACAAGUGGCGCGUGCCGGCAGUCAACCACGUAACCUCCCACUCUGCGCCAUUCAGUGUUGUUGUUUAUGUAUGUAGCUAGUGAGCUAAGCUGUACAUUAACAAUGUCUUUCAAAAGGAAACAACUCACAAAUGUGGAAAUUCUGGAGAUUUUUUUUAAUUCUGACAAUGAGUCUGAGUAUGAAAGUCAGGAAUCAGAUUCUGACAGUGACAGUGAGGAGCUGCCCCUCAACCUUGUAGCCAUUGAGAACCCUGAAUCUGAAUUUCCCUUGUCAACUGAGGAAGUACCAGGUCCCUUUGAAGAUGCUGGUGGUGAUGGAGGCAGACCGACAGUGGAUGAAGUACAGGAGUUCUGUGGUAGCUGGAAGGCCACCAGUCAUUUCACCCCACCUGGCCCUGCUGUCUGCUUUGACGAGUCCCAGUCUGGAGUGCAACGCCCCUUGCCAUUUCCAACUGAGGCAGAGUGCUUCAAGUUGUUUCUCACAGAGGAGCUGGUGGGAGAGAUAGUUGAGGAGACCAAUCGCUAUGCCUUAGAGCUACAGGAGAAGAGAGAGCCAGGAGUGAGGGGGAAACUCGCUAAAUGGGUGACAACCACAAUUAGUGAAAUGUAUACCUUCCUGGUGACAGUCCUUCUCAUGGGAAUAGUAAAGAAGAACUCCCUAAGAGAAUACUGGAGCACAGAUCCUAUGUUUGCAACUCCCUUCUUUGCCUCCCUCUUUUCCCAAGAUCGCUUCCUAGUUCUGCUGCCAUGCCUGCAUUUUGUCAACAAUGCUACUGCCAUCCUAAGUGACCCGUUAUACAAAAUAAGAAAUGUUCUUAUCAGCCUGACAUCAGCAUUUGGUCGGGUCUUUGUGCCAUACAAGGACCUAUGCAUUGAUGAGUCCCUGAUGUUAUGGAAAGGUAGGCUGGCGUUCCGUCAAUAUAUUCCCUCCAAAAGGCACAGGUUUGGAGUCAAGUUCUUUGUCAUGUGCGACGUGAAGACAGGAUUUGUCCAGGAUAUUAUAGUUUACACAGGGUCCACCACUGACAUCAAACAUUAUGAGGGGCUUGGGGUGUCAGGGUCCGUGGUGAUGACCAUGCUGGCUCCUCAUCUCGGCAAGGGACACACUUUGUACGUGGACAAUUGGUACAGCAGUCCCACACUCUUCCAGCAUCUGCUCUCCAACAGCACAGGGGCAUGUGGCACAGUCAGGUCGAACAGGAAGGGGAUGCCGGCAUUCGGAUGCAGGAAGAUGCAGAGAGGGGAGGUGGAGUUCCAAGAGAACGGUCAACAGCUGGCAGUAAAGUGGCAUGACAAGCGAGACGUCCAUGUCCUCUCCACUGUCCAUACAGCAACCAUGUCGGCCACAGGGAAGGUGGACCACCUGACCGGAGAGAGAAAGAUCAAACCAGAUUGUGUGCUUGAUUAUAACCUCAAAAUGGGGGCCGUGGAUAAGGCAGACAUGAUAAACAGCUUUGUGGAAUGCACACGGAAAACGAACAAGUGGUAUAAGAAGAUAUUUUUCCAUCUGAUCGACACUGCUGUCCUCAACGGCAGCAUAGUUCACCGCCAACUAACAGGUAAAGUAAUUACCUACCAAAAAUACAGAGAGAACCUCAUGAGAGAGCUGCUGGAGGAGCACCACACCCCUCGGCGCCCAUCCACUGGGGGUCGUCCUGCUGUAGACAAUCUCCUACGCCUCACUGCACGACAUUUUCCCUGCAAAGUCCCUCAAACUGCUUCUCAAGGUAGUCGCACACGGAGGCAUUGCAAAGUCUGCCUGUCUGGCGCCAGGAGAAGUAAGCAGAGGAAGAUGACAAAAUACAUGUGUCUAGCUUGUGAUACACCUCUAUGUAUUUCACCAUGCUUUGAGGAGUAUCACAUGCUCAAGCAUUAUUGAGCACAUCUGCAGCAAUAGGUGACUGACUGACCUGACAUGUGACUUGACAGGUGACCAGCCAUGAUACUAUGCCUUAGAGAUGGGGGUGGAAAUGCAGUUGUUGUUCAGUCAUUGCAUGGAUAUUAAAUAUGGGUUACGCAUAUUCAGUUUUUUGUCCUCUAGUAAAACAAGUUGUUGAAAUAACUACCAGUACUGCAAUAAAAUAGAUGAAUAUUA